AUAGAUAUAAAUUUUUUUUAUCUUCUUAAAGAUUGAAUGAUUCUUAAAGAAGUCCACAAAACUAGUUGCCAAAUAAUGCCUACCAAUUAUGAGAGAAUGGGCAGUUCUCAGCAAGUAGGAUUUGCUAGAAAUCUAAACUCAACAGAAGAAAAGAAAGUUCCAAAUUCUCGCAAACUUCCAGACUGGGUUUGGAAAGCUCUUGUUCAGAUUCUCGGAAUCAAACUUAGAGGUAGGAGAAGGGUGCCUUGUUUAUCAGUGUUCCUACACGCCGUUACUUUAUUCCUUGCCACUGUGUUUUCAGUGAGUGGAAUGGUUCAUACUGUCUAUGACAUCAGAAGCAGCUAUUCUCAGACUACUUUAACCAUUGGGUGUUCUAACAUCAUGCUGGGCUUUGGAUGGAUUUGCCUUGGCCUAUACUCUAACAGACUUGCAGGAAGACUUUUUUCCAAUCGCAAUUUCUCUGAAAGUGUACGUAUUCAUUCUCGUACAUUUUUCAAGGUUAGUGCUAUUGGACUAGUUACUUUUCUCAGUGUGGCAAUGGUGGUGUUGAAUUGCUACUCAGACUACAGUGUGUUUGGACCUAACAACUGCGACAAGAUCUUUCUACAUAUUUCAAUAUGCCACAUCAUGUACGGCUCCCAUGUGGCCUUCAGUUCUAUGUCUCUGAUCUGGAACCUUUUGGUGUGUUGUGUCUUGUUGUCUGUAUGCAGAACUCAUACAAUGGGUCUUAGGAAGUUUAUGCUGCUUCUAGAGGAAGAUGCAAGACAUUACAUGCAAAAAUUCCAGAAACAGGAGCCUAUACACAUGUGCCAUCUUAGUCACAUGGCAUCAGAGGAAGGAGCUGAUUUUUUUAUUUGGGAUGACAACAUAUCAACAAAAGACAGUCGAGCCCAGACAUUAGAAGGAAAACCGAGCUCAGAGGACAUCAUAGCUAGCCAGUCCACCAGCACAGUGGAGAUCUCUGCAUCAAUAAAUGACAUUGAUGAGGACAAGGAAGUAUUCGAGGAAGGUGAAGACAUACCCUCUAAAUUCACCUUAAAGUCAGUACUCACUCCUGACCAGAUUCUUCACUACUACUGGAGGUUAUCAAGUCGUAUGCGUCUGACCUCCACCUGUCUACAGAGAUGGAUGGCCAGUUGGAUCGCGUACGUCAUAAUAUGGUGUGGAGAUUAUAUCAUAUACUGGAUCAGCCAUCACGCCACUGUCCUCGAUAUCUUACAAUUUCUGAUUCCACUGGCUCUUCUCUUUAUCACCACUUCUGCCUUUGCAGAGGCAAAUUUUGAGGGAGAAAGGAUGAUCCAAUGUAUUUAUCCUACAAAAGACAGAUUAAAGACACAGGCUUUCCUCGCACAACAACCACUGCAGAUGAAGGUAUUUAACAUUAGUGUGUCAUACAAUGCAAUCCUGGGAGUGAUUCUGGCAUUUGCAGCUGCCAUUGCUUCUCGCAUUAUUCUGGAUGAACUCAGCAUAGUCAUUCAGAGAGGGGGAGGAGAGCAGCUUGUGGAGAAGAUUAAAGAUGCAUCCGAAAUGAAUUGUCGAUUUUAUCCUUUGGCCUACACCCUAGCAGUAUGUGCCAGGAGCACGAAUCAAACUGUCUCCAGGAAAGCUUAUGAGGCUAUUCAGACAGUAUGUAAGAUACCAGGCCAUUUGUUUCUGUUUUUGAGUUACUGUCAGAAGUCCUUGGAUCUGAAAUCGUGGCCUAGAAAACACAGAAAAGCCAUAGCUAGAUGGUACACAGAAAACCCCCGUUACCUUAAUGAUCCACUGCUUCUGGCAAGACAUGUGACCAAGUAUAAGAAACGUCAUGGAAUAACACACAAAAGAGUAAUUAAAUCUUGUCAUCCAAAUCCAGCCAAAUGUCCACCAGACAUAAAGUAUAUUUUGUGCUAUGUUACUAAAGGUAUAACCAAAGCAAAUCGGUUACGACAAAAGGAGGGUGGAAGGAUUACCCAUAGUGUAGCAGAAUUCAUAGGAGAUGUGGAGACAAUUAAAAACAAAAAUGUACCAGAAGAUGAUUUAAUAGGAAUGAUUAGGAAAUGGAAUCUCACAUGGGAGCAAAUACCUAAUGAAUUUUUGCGAUUCAAACAAGUUUGGAAGGCGUUGCUUCACAUGAUGCCAAUGACUGCAUUGUUGAGAAAUUUAGGCAAACUGACCAAAUUUGGAUUGCUUCAGCCUGGGAGUGUUGAAGAGAAGAGAGUUUGCUCCAGAAUUGAAAAUCAAGAUAUCUUAAAAGAAGCAAAUCUUCAUCCCAUUCAGAUCCUGUCCUCUCUUAAUGGUUAUAGGAGGGGACGAGAAUUGCGCAGCAACCAACGUAGAUGGGAAGUCAAUCCUAAUAUUGUUGAGUCUCUAACAAAAGCGUUUAUGAUCCAGUUGACAUCUAACAGGAUACAAGGACAUUCAAAACGUAUCCUGGUUGCAAUAAACACUCAGAUUGCAAUGGAAAACCAUGUUGUUGGAAUCCCAUCAAUGAAUUGCAAGCAGACAGCUAUUGCCCUAACAAUGACUCUCAAAAAUGUGUAUAGCAGUUCAGCCCACACCAUUACAUUUGGAAGUAGAUACAGAGUACAAGGAUUUGAUUUUCAGUUAACUCCGGAUGGCAUGUUUGACACUGAGAAAGUAUUGGAAUCCAUAGGCACUCGAAAGGAUUACGAACCAACCAAUUUCGGAGCACCAUUUCGGUAUGCUCAUGAGAAUCUGGAGCAUGUUGACGCAAUUAUCAUCAUGACAGACCACCUUACCACAGAAGAUCAAAUAGAUAUAAGAAGAGAAUAUGCACAGUUUAAGAAGAGUAGGAAAAACACAUCACUUAUCACAAUCUGCUUCAAGAACAGCGGUGAUGUUCCUCCGGUUGCUGAUCCUGGAGACCCAGACAUGCUGGACGUCAUUGGGGUAGAUGCCGAUGCUGUAAAAAUCAUCAUCUCUUUCCUCUCUGGUGAGGAAGAAAAAUUCCAAGAAAUGCUGGCAAGGAUUGUUGAGCUGAGAGUAGAGGAGGACAUGGAACAAGAUUGAAGAGAAAUUCAGUGUGUUACAAUUAGGAAUCUCUCGGUCUUUCAGAGGUUGAUAUCACUAUGAUAUAUGCACAAGUUCCUGCAGCUUAGUGUGAAUUGGUAAGAUGGAGAACAGAAAAACUGGUAAAAUUUAAGAAACAGAAACUUUAAAUUGUAGAUCAUAGUUACACACUUUUUGGCCAUAUGGAUGUAGUAAUUGUGAUGCCAGAUGAAGAAAGUGACUGCCUCUAAGUGCAACAGGAACAAGUGGUUGUACAGUGAUAUUAUGCAUCUAUGAAUUAUACAUGGAUCUUUACUAUCAUACUAUUCUACAGACAUUUCUUUUGUACAGGAACAUGCACUUAUAUGGUUAUACCAUACCCAAUAAUUACAGUAUGUGUGUUUUGACCUGUUUCCCUAUAUACAUGUACAGUUACAUGCAUUAGUUAGAUUUUAUUAAUGUUCAUCCAGCAACACAUGGGUUAUUAUCUGAUGGUCAUUGUAUGCCUGAGUGUGUAUGUAUUACUGCUAGAAGCAAAUGCAUUCCUAUCCAAACAGGUUAAAGCCUCAAUUUUGCUGGCUUCACCACAUGAGUAACAUGUGCCAUCAGAUCUGAAAAUUGCAAUGCAGUUGAACUUCAGUAUCUUGAACACUGAUAUCUCGAAUACCAUGGAUAUGUUGAAGUGGUUUGGAAGUCCCAAACACUUGUUCUUCAAGUAUUUUAUCCUCGAUAUCUCAAAUACUAGGAUAUCUCAAAGUUUUUUUCUCAGUCCCAUAGAGUUCGAGAUAAUGAGGUCUUACUGUAUAGUGUUUAACUAGGCUAAAAUUAUGUAUACUGUGAUAUCAUGUACAGAAAUUAAUGUGAUACCAGUAUUUUAAAGUCAUUAAUUUUGUUGUCUUGUAUACAUGUAUAUUUUGUAUUAAGCCAGUAAGCUUUCCUUAAAAGUGUCUUGCAUUUGUCUGUAAGCUUUUAACAUUUUUGGAGUUUUCUCUAUAUCCGGUCCACAUAGCCAGUUCUAACCAAACUUGGCACAAAGCAUUCUUGUUUGAAAAGGAUUCAACAGUGUUCAAAUUAAAUGACCAUGUUUCCAUCUAUAUGAAGAAAAUUCAAAGAAAAUAGUGAAAAUAGAAUUUUAACUAGAACCUACUAUUAAAAUUAAUAGUUAAAAUAUUCAAGAACUAUUCAGUCAUCUCCAUGAAACUAUGGAAUAUAUAGACAUUCUAAAACAAUAAUUUUUCAUGCAAUCAGCAAUACUAAAGUAGAUUAACAGUUUUUGUGUGAUAAAAUUUUUGACCACAAUAAGGUGUUCGGAUUUUUGAAUUUUCAUUUUAAAAAGUAAUGACACUUUAAACUGAAAGGUCCAUAGACUGAACCUUGUUAAAUUAUGCUAAGGCUGCCUGAAAUUAAUUCUACAUUUAACGUCACCCAUACGAGAGAGGGAGAAAAAAAUUAAACAAAAAUUUCAAACAAAUGAGUAUAUUACUUAUUUACAUGAAUCAAAAUACUGUAAAUAUUUAUGGAAUCACUGUCUAGUUUGUUGGGUAUGCCAGGGCAUCAAUGAUAGUUGGAAACGUGGGAUAAUUUGCAUAACAGGU